UCUCUGCAGGGCAGGGCUGGUCAAAUAACUAGAGAUGUCUGUUGUCUGUUACUCAGAUCUUCUGUUGCAUCGACAACGGAGUUGAGCUCUCCCCAGCACGGUGCAUCACUUCAAGAACCAGCAGCAUGGAUCAAUGUGAGGAGAGACAGGAGGACAUCCUUCUCUUUAAAACCACUCUGAUUGAAGAAAAUGAAUGGAGCCAGAGGAAUUACGUUGAACCAGAGCCCGAACCUGAGCCUGAACCCGAGCCUGAGCCGGAACUUGAACCUGAGCCUGAGCCUGAACCCGAACCUGCGCCGGAACUAGAACCUGAGCCUGAACCUGAGCCUGAACCCGAACCCGAACCUGAGCCUGAGCUUAAACCUGAACCUGAACCUGAACCUGAACCUGAGCCUGAGCUUGAGCCUGAACCCAGAACUGACCAGGCAAAAGGAGAGGAUCAACCAUCUGCUGAAGAGGGGGUGGAGCUGUCUGGACAACUGUUGUUGACAGGAGAAAAUCUGAUCAACUACUACCGUGAUCUCGUCAUCGACACAAAUACAGUACAUAAACGCAUCAAAAUAACAGACAACAACAAGAAGUUGGAAAAUGUGCAAAAGAUUCAGCCGUAUCCUGAUCAUCCAGACAGAUUUGAUUUUCGGGAGCAGCUGCUGUGUAGCGAUGCUCUGACUGGUGAAUGUUACUGGGAGGUCCUGUGGAAGGGAAGGGUUUAUUUAGCAGUGAGCUACAAAGGAAUCGAAAGGAAAGGUAACGACAGAAGCACUUCGUUUGGAAACAAUGAGAAAUCCUGGAAACUGAUGUGUUGGAAAGGUGUUUCCUACUCCGCCUCUCACAGUGGUUCUCUCAAUAAAUACAUCCCCACUAAACCAACCUCUGACAGAGUAGGAGUGUAUUUGAACACCACUGCUGGAAUUCUGACCUUCUACGAAGUCCAUCCUGGCAGACGGGUCGAGCUCUACACCUUCAAGACCACAUUCACCGAACCUCUUUACGCUGGAUUUGGACUCUGGGAGAAUUCUACUGUGUCUCUGUGCUCAAGCCUUUGAAGGUGGAAGCUGGCAGUGCACUAUUCCAGGAGCCACAUUGUUUUUCUGUUUCCUGUUAAAGGUUUAAAGGUUUAAAGUGACCAUCAGUAUGUCGUGUUUCUGUAAAUCACACUUCAGCUGAGGCAAUUUAGUUCAUGUCAACUGUUCUUAGCAUGCUGCAUGUGUGACAAACUGUGUUUACUCAAGUGGGGUUUGGAGCAUCUUUAUUCACUUACACUUUCUCUUAGAAUAAGGAAGUCAUGAUCAGACUUAAAGUAUUCGGUGAUGGCCAAAUCAUUGUAAUCCAUUGUUCAUUUGGAUUCUUUUAAAGAUGUAUACUGUGAACAUGAAAGACUCUGCAUUUUAUCUUUCAGCAGAGUAGUUAACUGUUUUAUCUGCUAUAAACUGAAAUAAAAGAAGAAAGAAAAGCUUUAAAGACAU